AUGACGGCGAUCUACCGUGUGGGCGAGCGAGUUGACGGCUUGUACGAUGAAAACACCGACGAGAUGUGGUACCCGGGGCGAGUACGCUGCGUUCAUCAAGGUGGGAACGCAGAAGACGUCACAUUUGAAGUGUUAUAUGACGACGGAGAGGUCGAGAUGGCUGUGCGUCCUCAAUAUCUUCGCCAGCACGUGACUGGCACGAUCUGCGUUGGAACACGCGUGCUCGGGCGAUACGACGGCGGAAAUGAAUUUUAUUCCGGUCAAAUUUCUGACGUGCAGGAAAAUGGAAAAUAUACCAUCGCCUACGAUGAUGGAGAAGUGGAAGAGGACGUACAGAUAGAGCACAUCGUGGAGCCCAAGGAAGAAGAAGAAGCCGAGGAACCAGCAGAGAACGAGGAGAAGCGUGUGUACAUCAUCGACUCGCUCGAGUUACUGGAGAAGCGGCUUGGCGAUGCAGCGUCCGCCAAGUCAGUCCUCUCCACUUUGGUGAAGCACAUGCGGGCCUACCCCCAAGUCACCGCCGAUUUGGUCCAUGAACGUGGUGGCGAGCGUCUGAUCAUCGAGUCGCUCAAGUUUCAUCAGUCGCAUGCCGUUAUCCAGUGUUAUGGCUUCGUUCUUCUACGGCGACUGUGCUUCUUGUGUGUAAAGAGCACACAUUAUCUGUUACGAAAUGGAGUAGUGGAGCUGGUGAUCCAAGCAAUGAACGAGUUUGCGGAAGAUGCGAUCCUCCAGGCCUCCGCUUGUGGAGCUCUGGCUGUAUUUACGAGGGUUCACUCUGGUCUGAACAGCCUCAUCGAGUUCCAAGUGGCCCAGUUGGUGCUGGCUACUCUCAUCUACCACAAAACCUACAGUGUGCACACCCGACAAGUGCAUUAUUACGGGUGUGAAGUUCUACUGGAGCUGUGUGAGCUGGACGAUCUCCAGACUCUGAAUCUUCUCUGUGGCGAGCAGGACGAGGAGUUUACAGGCGACAUGUCUCCUACUUCUCUUCUUCUCUUCUUGUUACGUCAAGGACUUUCACUCGACGACAAGAAAGCUUGCUGUGCAGUUGGCAGCCUGCUCAUGUGCUUGGCAGCGAGUGGGAGACGUGCGGCUGCAUCAGUUUUGAGUCUUAAUGGGCUAUCCGAGCUCUCAACUGUCAUGGCGAGGUACCCGACCGAGCCGAGCAUUCAAAAGUACUCAGCUGCUGCCUCCAAGCAGAUUGCACUGUGCAGUGUUCGCCAAUCGCCUACAAAGAGAAUCAAAGAUACUGCUACCGAAAUCCUACGAGAAGCCGAGUUUCUUGAACACACUCCAAUAGCUAAGCCUCUAACAAAGAGAAGCGUUCCCAGACGAACAGCAGGCACGGGGAAGCGGAAGAACGUUCCUUCCAGUGGCUAUGGAGCGUCGUCACAUCCACGUGGGGCAGCUUACAGCUCAAGUAAGGCGUAUCGAAAUACCCAAGCCUUUUCCAACGUUGCGUCGCCUAAUCUGGUCAUCCUGGAUGGGGGCUUUGGCGCUGACAGUGGCUUGAACUCGGUCCACAAACGCAGGAAGUCCAGAGAAGAGCGACAAAAUGAGCUACUCGAAGCUUACGGGGUCCAGGGAGCCCCCACCAGCUUCAAUAGUAGACCUUACGGCACCAAGCGACGACAGCUCCGGGCACACCUUUCAUCUGCUGAAUCGACGUGGGCAACGCCCCACCAGCAUCUUCCUUCGAGUAUCAAACCCUUGUCAAGUCGCUCAAGUCACGUGGAUCACGGGUCUGCGUACUCACAGCGCGAUGGUCGAUGGGGAUACGAGGACGAGGACUCGCAUAACUCAAUAUACAAUCCUGAAGUGAGACAACCCAAGAGGAAGAAGAACAGCCAAACAGCCUUCCAAGUGAAAGUCGAGAGUGACAACCAGCUGCUGGUUUCCAGGGAGUCACAGAGAUCGCAUCUGUCACCUCAGCGCUUGGAUCCAAUAAUCCUUCGUCCGAGUCUUUGA